GAUCGAAGAAGCACUAGUGUUGAGUAGUAGCAGCAUCACCAAAGCUGGUGUCAUUCAAUUUCCAUCGCUGUUGGUGUCACCAUUUCACCAUCAUCGUCUUCUUCGGAACAAGCCUUUCUCAUCUGCGAUAAUUGCUCUCAGGUUCCUUCUUCCGUUCUUCGUGUCGCACUGUGGAACUGCGAAUCCUCUUUGCAAUCAAUGCCAUCGUUGACUUUGAAAUUUGUUUUAGUCUUGUGCGUUUAAUCGACAAUCGGAGUCAGAAAAAAGGAGUUCUGUGAAAAGCUUAUAUCCAAAAUGGCAAAUUAUGAAGGACAGGCAUUAACUAGUGGUAGCGAUGUCAGAUCAGGGAAUAUGAGUUUUGAGCCUAUUUUGGAAGAUGGAGUCUUCCGAUUUGAUUGUUUCGUAAAUGAUAGAGAUGCAUCAUAUCCCAGUUUUUCUUUUGUGAAUAGCAGGGUUAGAGACACGCCCAUCGCUACUCACAAGGUUCCUUCAUAUACCCCUACUUUUGAGUGCCUUCUAGAGGAGCAAGUUGUCAAUCUUAAGCUGCCUGUAGGUUCCUCCCUUUAUGGAACUGGAGAAGUAAGUGGUCAGCUUGAGAGGACGGGCAGAAGAAUUUUCACGUGGAACUCGGACGCAUGGGGUUAUGGACCUGGAACUACAUCUUUGUACCAAUCACAUCCAUGGGUUUUAGCUGUUCUUCCAAAUGGCGAGGCGCUAGGAAUUCUUGCCGACACUACGAGGCGCUGUGAGAUUGAUCUCACAAAAGAAUCAACAAUACAGUUUGUUGCUCCGUCCUCAUAUCCUGUCAUAACAUUUGGUCCUUUUGCUUCACCCACAGCAGUUUUGAUGUCUCUAUCAAAAGCAAUCGGAACGGUGUUUAUGCCCCCAAGAUGGUCAUUAGGCUAUCAUCAAUGUCGUUGGAGCUAUUUAUCUGAUCAGAGAGUUCUGGAGGUUGCAAAAACAUUCCGGAAAAAGCACAUACCUUGUGAUGUGAUAUGGAUGGAUAUUGAUUACAUGGAUGGUUUUCGUUGCUUUACCUUUGACAAGGAGCGUUUUCAAGACCCAAAGUCGUUAGUGAAAGACCUUCAUUAUAAUGGUUUUAAAGCUAUUUGGAUGCUUGAUCCUGGAAUCAAACAAGAAGAGGGUUAUUUUGUAUAUGAUAGUGGGUCUAAAAAUGAUGUAUGGGUUCAAAAGGCAGAUGGAACCCCUUUUGUUGGGGAUGUGUGGCCUGGGCCUUGUGUCUUCCCUGACUAUACACAGUCAAAAGUUCGUGCAUGGUGGGCAAAUUUAGUUAAAGAAUUCAUUUCUAAUGGUGUUGAUGGUAUAUGGAAUGAUAUGAAUGAACCAGCAAUCUUUAAGGUUGUAACAAAAACAAUGCCUGAGAGCAAUGUUCAUAGAGGAGAUAGUGAACUUGGAGGUUGCCAGAAUCAUUCUUUCUAUCAUAAUGUGUAUGGUCUAUUGAUGGCAAGAUCAACCUAUGAAGGUAUGAAACUAGCUAAUGAAAACAAGCGUCCUUUUGUUCUCACGAGAGCUGGAUUUGUUGGCAGCCAAAGGUAUGCUGCAACUUGGACUGGAGAUAAUCUUUCAACCUGGGAGCAUCUUCAUAUGAGUAUCUCCAUGGUACUUCAGCUGGGACUCAGUGGUCAGCCACUGACAGGUCCUGAUAUUGGUGGAUUUGCUGGAAAUGCAACACCUAGGCUUUUUGGAAGGUGGAUGGGCAUAGGUUCCUUGUUUCCUUUUUGCCGUGGGCAUUCUGAAGCUGGCACCACUGAUCAUGAACCUUGGUCUUUCGGGGAAGAGUGUGAAGAAGUUUGCCGAUUGGCAUUGAAGAGGAGAUACCGUCUGAUACCACUUUUCUACACACUUUUUUAUUUUGCUCAUACUAAGGGCACUCCAGUGGCAACCCCUACUUUCUUUGCUGAUCCACAAGAUCCUAGCCUGAGAAAACUUGAAAAUUCGUUUUUGCUUGGUCCAGUUUUAGUUUAUGCAAGCACCUUACAUGGUCAGGGGUUGGAUAAGUUGGAGAUUACUUUGCCUAAGGGGAUAUGGUUGAGAUUUGAUUUCAGUGAUGUGCACCCGGAUUUGCCAGCUUUAUACUUGAAAGGUGGCUCAAUAAUUCCUGUUGGCCUCCCUCUUCAGCAUGUUGGAGAAGCUAAUCCCUCAGAUGACUUGACACUUCUCGUGGCUUUAGAUGAGUUUGGGAAAGCUGAAGGUGUUCUAUUUGAGGAUGAUGGUGAUGGAUAUGAAUUCACCAAAGGCAAUUAUUUAUUAACACAUUAUGUGGCUGAACUUCAAUCGUCAGUUGUUACUGUGAUUGUACACAAAACUGAAGGAUCAUGGGAAAGGCCUAAACGCCUUGUGCAUAUUCAAUUAUUGCUUGGUGGGGGUGCAAUGCUUGAUGCAUGGGGAAUGGAUGGAGAAGUUUUGCAAGUAAUUUUGCCUUCGGAAGAGGAGGUGUCAAAGUUGGUAUCUACUAGUGAGAAGCAAUACAGGGAAUGUUUGGAAAACACAAUUCCAAUUCCUGAUGUAGAAGGGGUUUCUGGACCCAAGGGAACUGAGCUUGUAAGAACUCCCAUUGAACUGAAAAGUGGCGAGUGGGUUCUUAAAUUUGUUCCCUGGAUUGGGGGUAGAAUCAUCUCCAUGAUGCACAUUCCUUCAGGAACACAAUGGCUCCAUAGUAGGAUUGAGAUCCAUGGGUAUGAGGAGUAUAGCGGUAUGGAGUAUCGUUCUGCUGGGUGUUCUGAGGCAUACUCUGUCAUUGAUCGAAAACUUGAGCAGGCAGGGGAGGAGGAAUCUGUUGUAGUAGAGGGUGAUAUUGGUGGAGGACUGGUUCUUCAACGACAGAUAUAUUUUCCAAAAAAUGCCACCAAUGUCAUCCAGAUAGACUCUAGUAUACUAGCCCGCAAUGUUGGAGCUGGUUCUGGAGGGUUCUCAAGGUUGGUUUGCUUAAGAGUUCACCCGACAUUCAAUCUUAUGCACCCCUCAGAAUCUUUUGUCUCAUUUACUUCGGUUGAUGGAUCAAUUCAUGAAGUCUUUCCUGAUGGUGGGGAGCAAUUCUUCGAAGGAAACCUUAUUCCUAAUGGCGAGUGGAGGCUCAUUGAUAAAUGUCUUGGCUUGGCACUGGUCAAUCGUUUUAAAGUUAGUGAGGUAUUCAAGUGUCUUGUUCACUGGGAUAGUGGCACUGUGAACCUAGAGCUUUGGUCCGAGGAUAGGCCUGUUUCAAAGCAAUCCCCUCUCAGAAUUUCCCAUCAGUACGAGGUUAUAAGAAUUCCAUAAUAUUUUAACUGCAUAUUACGGGGAAUGUUCGAAACAGCAGCAUCGUGCUACAGAACAUGCACGUAAUAACCAUGCGUCUAAAUUCAAGUGUUAUUUCGUUCUUCCCUAAAUGCGUGUAUCAUGUAUAUUUGAGGGGGAAUUGUGGAGGAAGGAUAAUGAAUAACAACACAUCUGAACUUCGAGGUCCAUUAGGAUCGUUUUGUAUUGUUAUAACCAGUAAUGGUAUAUCUCCCUGAAAAAAGAGUAAAUUGUCGCUACUAAAGAAUAGUUUUAGUAUGGAUGACAGAAAUCAUAUUCUCUAUAGACCAGAUGAAUUCACAAAUUUUAUAUUUCCAAAUUUACACACCAAUUUCUAUUAGCCUGUAAUAAAACUCUUCACUUAUAUAUUAUUUUCAUCUAAAAGUGCCGAACUCU